AUGGCGAGACGGGAACGUGUGCCGCGGCACAAGUCCUCAAGACGAAAGCGAAACAAGAAUCCAAAGUUGUCUCCCUUUCAGUUAGAGCAAAAGCGGGCCCGGCUAGCGAAUCAGGCGCCCACCCCAAAGACGAUGGGAACCGAUGAGGACAUUCCACAUAGCCAGCGGGGCGUAUUUGAGUACUUGCAAGCCAAGCGUGCGCGUCUGGAAAAACGAAGGCAAGAGCGGCAACAACUUGAAGAUGAAGAAAAACAAGGCACUAAGGCACCAAAGCAGUGCUCAAAGGAGACAUUGCAAGAAGGCAGAGAGGCCGAAACAGGUGACAACGAGGAUAAUAAUGUUGAAAUUAGGGGCUCUUCGGAGAGCCUUGGUGAUCAAAAGAGCGCUAAAGGAUCUAGACGGACGCGAUCGCAGGAAGAUGCCUGUAUCGAUUCCCCUUCUCUGAAAAAGCGCAAAAAGGACUCCAUGGCAACCUCGAUGUCAUCCGAUCAAAAUGUCUCGGACCUCAACAAUACUCCUUCCCCCAAUGGGGAAACCGAAACUGAUAGCAUAGGAACGGGUGGAAACCUUCAAAAGACAGAGCAGCGGCAAAAGAAAAAGACACGAACGGAAAAUUCCAGCUCUGCAGUCUCUCUUAAUCAAGAAUUCUUAGCCUCUGUGGGAAACCCCAUCAAAACGCAGCGCAGUCGUCAUCCUCGUACCACAGAUCCUGAGGACAAUGAUCAGCCGCGUACGGUUGAGGAAAUCAUUGCUCGCAAAAAGGAAAAGAAGCAUCGUAAAAAGGCUGAAGCACGUCGUCAGCGUGUCGCGGAGCAAAUCCAGAAAAUGGAGGAGGAACUUUCACGUCUGGCUACCAAAAAGAGUCGCAAGAGGUCCUCCCACGAGAACUCGGACUUUAACCUGGCCUUUGAAAAGAAGCUCAAAGAGCUCCAGAAAGAGAAGAGUAAGGCCGCCAAAAGCAGCAACGACGGUGCAAACCCAACGUCCAAAAAGGGGCAAGCCAAAAAACGGAAAACGCUCACAGCUGAUGUUGACCACAACGACGAUUCGGAUUUGACUUCCAUUGGUAAGCCACACGAGGCGGGGAAUAACUGUGACACAAACCCAGUUCAUGACACAAACGGGACCGACUCCUCUGAGCGGAAACGGAUUUCCUUUGAUGACAGUGUGGUCGGGUUUACCGCGUCACCUCCGGCUGUGACACGGCGGCCGCGAGAUUUCUUUGAGUUAAUUGACAUCCCAAAGUUCGGCGAGCGGGUGGAGGCGCCGCCGGUCUUUGAGGUAGUGCCUAAUAAAGACGCCGCGGUGACACGGCUGGCACGCCGUUUGGAAGGAACGCGACCUCUUCGCGAAGGACGUCCGGUAAGGGGGCCUGCGCAGUACCGAUUUGUUGCCGACCGUGAGGGCGGCGGGCUUGGGGAAGAGAAGCGGCUGGCGCGACUUGGGCUGGCCCCCGCAAUUACCCACCGCAUCGACAACACCAACGCCGGCGAUCGGGUGUUGCCCCACCCUGGUCGUCCCAACGCAGGGGAGGAUCCUAAGAAGAAGGAGAUGGAGGCUCUUCGGGAUUAUGUUAUGGCGACUUAUCGCCAGAACAGACGGAACAACUUCCUGCAGAAGAAGGGGGUUGACAUGAGUUACGCUUUUCCAAAGUUUUCAGGUUAG